AUGAGCAAGAAAUAUGUAUACUGGGAAAAACAAGGAAAUGAUAGGAUGUGUGGCCUUCAUUGUAUAAACACUAUCCUUCAGGGUCCACACUACAGCGAAGACAUCCUGGCAACCAUUGGAAGAGAAAUCGAUGAAAAGGAAAGAGAAUUUUUAAAAGUUGGUUUAAAUGAAGGAAAUAAUAGAAACGAAUUAAUAAGAAAUAAUUCAUCAAAUGUAUUGGAUGAUGGAUUUAUAAACAUUUCUGUUUUGAUUGAAUGUCUAAAAAGAAAGAAUAUAUUACUGAAGAACACAUUUGAAGAUGAUUUGAAAAAGAUUAUAUCAAGUGAUCAUCAAGACAUUGGUUACAUUUGUAAUUUAGAACAGCACUGGUUUAGUAUACGUAAAAUUCAUAAUACUUGGUAUGUCUUAGAUAGUUUAAAAAGUGGGCCGUUAUAUAUUAAAGACAUUAAUUUGAAAUAUUAUUUUAAUGAUAUUAUAAAGAAAUAUCAUGUAUUUUCUGUGCAAAAUAUGAAUCCAUAUAUUUCCUUGCCCAAGGCGGAUAUAAAUUUUGAAACCAAAAAUCCAAAUCAGUUUUAUAUUUCCACAAAUGAAAUUUCAGAAAUUUAUGGAGUUUCAAAUGGAUUUAUAAUGGAAGAUAAAUUUCAUUCUAAUAAUAGAGCUAACCAAAAUUCUCUCUUUUCCUCCAAUUUUAAUGACAAAUCAAAUAAGUUUAAAUGGCCAGAAGUUGGUGGUAGAAAAUUAAAUGAUACCGAUUUGGGGAGGGGUGCGUUACCCACCUCUUCGUAUGAUGCGGACGACGAAUUGCAAAUUGCACUGAGGUUGUCCGUGCAGGAGUACAUAAAGAAUUUGGCUCCCCCAGCAGAAGAAGAACCAUCAAGUGAAGAUAAUUUCAUAAAUUUCUUGGUCAAAUUUUCAAAUAAAAAGAUUCACAAAAAGUUUUCUGUUACAAAAACAAUGACGGAUGUCUUUUAUUGGCUAGAGUACGAAUCUGCAAACAUCCAGGAUUUUGGGACCUCAUUACUCAUGAGGAACAGUUACAACCUUUGUCAGAUGUAUCCCAGGAGGAAGUUCUGCAAAUACCAGAACGGCACUAUAGAGCUGCAUGUGGGAGACAAGAUCGAACAGGUGCAAGACAAACUUCUGGUGGAUUUGAAAUUUGAAAAGGAAGAAACGUUUAUGUUAUCCUAG